GGCUGGCGAUGGCCCGGGCGAGCGCCGCUCUGCACAGCGCCUCCGUCACCACCGGAAGCGAUCUGUGGCAACGGUCGCCAUGGAGGCGGCGGCGGCGGCGGCGGCGGCUCCGGUGCGGCUCUGGGUGAGGACAGAGCCGUUCCUGGUGGGCGUGCUGCCCGCCCCGCCGCCCGCCCGCCUCGGUCCCCACUACCUGCGGAAGAUGGCGGUCUACACUCGGCUGCGAGCGGCCGAGGGUUGCUUCCCGCGACUGUCGUGGCCCCGCUGGCGGCACAUCGCCUGCGGGAAGCUGCAGCUGGGCCGCGACCUGGCUUGGCUCUACUUCGAGCUCUUCCAGAGUCUCCUGCGGCGGGAUCCACCGCGCCGCCUCGAGUGGGCCGAGACCGAGGCGGGCUGCGUCAGCGCCGACGAUCUGGAGCGGGAGCGGAGCAAGCUGUCCGUAGAUACUCUGCAGUUCCUGCUCUUCCUGUACAUCCAGCAGGUGAACAAGGUUUCUCUGCGGCGGUCUCUGGUCGGAGAGGAAUGGCCCAGCCCCAGGACCAAGUCUCCCAGCCUGUCUGGGAAAUCGGCCAGCGACAACAAGAACUGGAAUGAUCAAGAGCACCUUGCCUUUGUUCAGAGCCACCUCUUGGAUAUGUUGGAACUGCUGCUGGAGCCAGAGCAGCUCACUGCCUCCUCCCAUUCCACCCACAGCAGCCUGGUGUCCUACGAAGCCGUCUGUGCCCUCAGCUUUCUGAUUGAAGGGACUGUGAGCAAGUCCAGGACAGUCCGUCCCCUGCACGAGCUGGCUCUCUGGCAGCCCUGCCAGGAGCCCAACGGCUACUCCAAGCUCUCCAGAGCCUUCUCCUUGGCCAAGCUGGAGAGCUGGCUGCGCUCCUGCCUGAUCACAAACCCCUUUGGAAUGAGUGCCUGCCUCAGGGCGGGGAAGAAACUGGCCUGGGCACAGCAAGUUGAAGGAACAACCAGGAGAGCAAAGAUUGCUUGCAGUACUCGUGGGGUGCCUGAGGAAUCCUCCAUGGUGAUCAUGAGUCAGGUGUACAAGCAGACCCUGGCCAAGAGCUCAGACACCCUGGUGGGUGCUCAUGUGAGAAUUCAUCGCUGCAAUGAGUCCUUUGUUUAUCUCCUCUCUCCCCUCCGGUCUGUCACCAUUGAGAAGUGCCGCAGUAGCACCUUCGUCCUUGGCCCUGUGCAGGCAUCUGUCCACGUCCACAGCUGUGACACCGUCAGGGUCAUUGUCAUUUGCCACCGUUUGAUCCUUUCUUCCACCACUGGGUGUACUUUUCACCUUCUCACCCCUACCCAGCCUCUCAUUCUCCCGGGCAACCAAACAGUAAGCUUUGCCCCUUUCCACACCCAUUAUCCCACGCUGGAGGACCACAUGGCUCAGGUGGGCUUGGCCACUCUGCCCAACCACUGGGAUGACCCCAUGCUGGUGUGCAGGGAGAGUGGGGACAGGAGUGUCUUCAGCCUCAUGCCUCCCUCCGACUUCUACACCUUCGUGAUUCCAUUCGAGAUGGAAGGAGACACCACAGAGACGCCAGGUGGCCUCCCGCCGGCCUACCAGAAGGCACUGAGUCAGCGAGAGCGGAAGGUGCAGAUCUGGCAGAAGACUGUGAAGGAGGCAGGUCUGACCAAGGAUCAGAGGAAGCAGUUCCAGAUGCUGGUGGAGAACAAAUUUUAUGAGUGGCUGGUGCAGACAGGGAACCGACUGCAGCUGGACAGCCUCGUCCCUCCUGCAGUGGGCUCCAAGCAGGCAGCAGGCUAGCAUUGUGUUCCUGUGCAGCCAGAGGAAAGCAAGGAGCUCUGGGGACAGAUAGCAGUACCCUGGAAAACAACUCUCCUGAAGCCUUCACAGCCUUCCUGUCUGAGCACAGCUUUCGGUGUGGACCUGCUGCCCAGCCUGGGUGUGGGUUGGACUCUGGUUUAGGAUGUCCAAGCACUGCUGUUUUCCCAGGAGUGUGCUGUAACUCCUCUGCUGAUGAGGUGGAUGUCACUAGAGGAGGAUGCAGUGUGCUUGCUGCAGUGGGGAGGCUGGCAGGGUGUGCAGGUGUCCAGCAAAGGAGCUGUUCCUGGUGCAGAGCUGCACACAAGACCCUGGCUGCCGCUGCUGCGUGAUGGUAGGAGCCAGCUCCCUGCUUUUUAUAGCUGUGGGAAGGAAAGGUUUGAUGUUUUGUUUUUAGUGACUAAAAAGACAAUGGAUGUGUUUUUAUCUGAAUAUGGCACUUCAACAGUGGGGGAUUUAUGGAGUGAAAUUUCUCAGGUGUUUGCAGUGUUUUGGCAAAUGUCAAUAAACCAAAGCUGUCACCUAA